AGAAAUCUUUAGUUCUCAAAUCAGUGUGACCUCCAAGAUGCCCAAUAUAAGAUUGGAAAGCUCAGAUGGGGAGGUUUUUGAGGUUGAUGUUGAAAUCGCCAAGCAGAGUGUCACCAUCAAGACGAUGUUGGAAGAUCUCGGAAUGGAUGAAGAUGAAGACAGGGUGCCCCUGCCCAAUGUAAAUGGAGCAAUCUUGAAGAAGGUGAUCCAGUGGUGCACCUACCACAAGGAUGACCCUCCUGCUGCUGAUGAUGAAGACAAUAAAGAGAAACGUACAGAUGACAUCAGCUCAUGGGAUGCUGAUUUCCUCAAAGUGGACCAGGGCACCCUCUUUGAACUGAUAUUGGCUGCUAACUACCUGGACAUUAAGGGCCUGCUGGAUGUCACCUGCAAGACUGUGGCCAACAUGAUCAAGGGGAAGACCCCUGAAGAGAUCCGCAAGACCUUCAACAUCCGAAAUGACUUCACGCCAGCGGAAGAAGAAGAAGUUCGCAAGCAAAAUGAGUGGUGUGAAGAAAAGUGAACCUACCUAUACCUUCCAAUUAAUCCCUUCCAAUUCAUCCUCCUUUUUCCUUUUUUUCCUGGCACUUGGAGGUCAUGCUGAUGAGACUGGUAUUACAAGAGUUCCUGCCUUCAGCUUGAUUCAUUUUUUGUUUUUGCCAUAUUAGACUCUGGAAUUGUGUACUUUUUCAGUUGUCAGUGGAAAGUGUCACAGACCGUAAAAUGAGGAUUUUGGGACAUCUUCGGACCGCCAUGGUCCAUAUUUCGAUAUACUUGUGGCUCUUGUCUUGUACCACUUGUUUUUGGUGAAAGUGGCAGUGUGGAAUUUUAGAAUACCAUUCUCACUAUCAGGAAUAGAGAAAUGUCAUCCAAAUGUAGGAACGUGAGGCACUGCUGCUAAUUUAAAAGGUUGUGAUGAGUUUAAUCCCAAAAUCCAAAGGGGCAUUGAAUGGCUACAGAGACUAAUAGCCCCAUGGACUAUUGCAUGGGCUAAAUCUCUUCAAUGUCUGCUCAUUUUUAGACUGUCUCCAUCAAUGUGACUGUCACUUAAGCAAGCAGUCAUGUGAUCUGAUCAAUAAAGUUCAUCUUCAUAUGGA